ACCCAGACAGUUGUCGACGAAGCUGAGUUAUUGGCAGCCCAGGCAGCUGCCGAGGCAGCAGCAGCUCAACAACAACAACCAGGAGGUGCAUUCAACAAUGUUGGCCAAGGACUUACUGGUAAGUUUCGUGACAUGAUGAUGCAAUACUGGCAAGAAACCAUCAACCUGAUAGAGCACGACGACCACGACUUCAAAAACCACCAGUUGCCUUUGGCAAGAAUCAAGAAGGUCAUGAAAACCGACGAAGAUGUCAGAAUGAUAAGUGCCGAAGCACCUAUCUUGUUUGCUAAGGGAUGCGACGUUUUCAUCACUGAGUUGACCAUGCGGGCGUGGAUUCACGCAGAAGAGAAUAAGAGAAGAACACUUCAAAAAUCAGAUAUUGCUGCUGCUCUCACUAAGAGUGACAUGUUUGACUUUUUGAUAGAUGUGGUGCCUAGGGAGGAAGAAAAGCCCAAAAAGUUCGCUGGCAACAGGACGUAUAUGAGCCAGCCCCAACCAUCGAUUCCACACCAGGCCCAUCUCCAGCAACCCCACCAAUCAUCU